AUGAAUAGGAUCCUCUUGUGAGUUUCGACCUGUUGUAUUUCCUUUGUUGUUUUUCUUUUUUGAUUACAAUUACUUAUUUUUGUUUUUACAGCGCCGCUGCCGUUCUUCUCACUGUCCAAUCUCAACUUGUCCCAGCAGCCGUAUGUUUCUUCUCGUUUAUCGUACAGUUUUGUUUAGAUUGUUGGUCGAUAUUUUGCGACUGCUCCUCUUCUGGCCCAUCCUCCAGCUGUCCCGGCAGCCAUUCCAGCAUUGGCGCCCCCUCUUCCCCCACCUCCAGCCUUUUUUGCCCCUCCAGUUCCUGUUGCUAGACCGUAUCUAGCCCCAGCCCUGCCAGCUGCCAUUCCAGCCUUUGCCCCUCCCCCACCACCACUUUUUGCUCCUCCUCCUCCAGCAUUUGCUCCGGUUCCACCACCAGUCCCAGCCUUCCCGGCUCCAUUGCCAGCCCCGGUUCCCGCCUUUGCUCCGGCUCUGGCCCCUCCUCCUCCUGCAGUUCCAUUCUUCGCCGCUCCCGCUCCAGUCCCAGCCAUUGCCCCAGCUGUGCCUCCUCCAGUCCCAGCGGCCUUCCCAGCCUUUGCUCCAGCUCUUCCCCCUCCAGUGCCUGCAUUCGCUCCAGCUCCGGCUCCAUUGUUGCCUGCCUUUUCUCCUGUAGCUCCGGCUCCAUAUCUGGCUGCUCCGACUCUGUUCCCGGCCGUCUCUCCCUUCACUCGGCUAGCCGUUCUGUUGGGUUCGGCCAAGUCGAAGCGUGAUGUUUCGAGCGUCCAAAGCGGCAAAAGCCAUUAA